AUGACAGCCGUGACUCCACCCGUCGACCUGUCGCAUUUUUACAGCUACACCGCGAGUAAUCGCAAGCCUAGCAGCGUCAAGGAAUUUUACAAGUACUUCCUCAUCCCCGGAAUUGCAAAUUUCGCCGGCGGUUUACCACACCCCUCAUACUUCCCUUAUGAUACCCUUGAAGCUACCGUCGCCCGCCCCCGGAGACUCCAGCCCACUUCCGAUAAGGACGCCAUCCCAGACCGAGUGAUCGUCCCCAAAGACAGCGGAAUCCCCGACCCUCGGCUCCGCAUCGAUUUGACAACCGCGCUGCAAUAUGGCACUGCCGAGGGCUACCCUGCUCUAUUAUCGUUUCUGCGACAAUUCACCCGGGAUCAUCUCCAUCCGAACGUUCCCUACGCUGGAGGUCCUGAGAUUUUACUGUCCUGUGGAAACACCGAUGGGUUUUCCAAAGCGGUUGAUCUCUUCACCAAUGUCUGGAAUCCCGGUCGGGACUGGAUCCAGCAGCGUGAAGGUGUCCUGUGCGAGGAGUUUGCAUACAUGAACGCUAUCCAGACUGUCCGCCCGCGGGGAUUGAAUGUGAUUAGCGUCGCAAUGGAUGGACAGGGUAUGUGUGCUUCGGGUAAGGGUGGCCUGGCCGACGUGCUAGAGAAUUGGGACUUUCGCCGCGGUCGCCGGCCACAUCUGAUGUAUACCGUAACAAUUGGCCAGAAUCCCACUGGAGGGACACUGUCGGUUGAGCGUAGGAAGAAAAUCUACGCUCUCUGUCAACAAUACGACGUGAUCAUUGUCGAGGACGAUCCAUAUUGGAAUCUACAAUUCCCCUCGGCGUACGAGAUGGAAGCCCGUCACCGUGGCUCAUCUCAGGAACCCGGCCCUGGUAUUCGGAACUACAAUGAGCACGGCAAAUCUUCGGGCUAUGCCUUCCUAGACUCCCUGGUCCCCUCCUAUCUGUCUAUUGACACCGAGGGCCGGGUAGUAAGACUAGACACAUUUUCCAAGACCGUCGCACCUGGUAGCCGUCUUGGUUGGAUUACCGCACAACCAGCUGUCAUCGAGCGUCUGACUCGGAUUACUGAGACCACGACCCAACAACCCUCAGGAUUUGUCCAAUCUCUGAUCGCUGAAAUGAUCAUUGGAAAGCAAGACGCCGAUGGAACACGCGUCUCCCAAAAGGAAGACGGCCGGGGUUGGCACAUGGACGGCUGGGUCCGCUGGCUGGAAGGCCUGCGUGGAGGUUAUGAAAGACGCAUGAUUGCCAUGUGCAACGUCCUCGAGGAGAAUAAGUAUCUUCUCUCCCAGCAAUCCGAAAACUCGAAGACUACAAGCGAUCACGUCGAUGACUGGGAAGUCGUGGAUCGAGUUCAGAUGUUCGACUUUGUCUGGCCAAAGGCCGGCAUGUUCGCCUGGGUUGAGAUUCUCCUGGAUAGCCACCCUUUGAGGUCCCAGUACAGCGCCGAGAGACUUUCCAAAGCUUUAUGGGUUCAUCUCACCAAGAAGCCGCAUUUGUGCCUGGUCGGACCCGGCAGUUUGUUUGCGACGAGUGAGAAGUCUGCUGCGGAGGCUCACAGAUACAUCCGUAUCGCCUUUGCGCCUAUGGAUGCUGAAGAUGUGAAGCCAUUCACCUGCAGACUGGUGGAGGGUGUCCGCGCGUUUUGGCAGCGGAAGAAUUUGGAUGGGUUGGAAGAUGAGGAUGCAGCAAUGGCGAUGCAGGGUUUGAAAUUGAAAGGCGGUGCUAAUUUCUUAGGGCCUGGCUAUUAA